ACACCAACAACCACCACUACACCAACAACUACAACCACUCCAACAACAACUACAACACCAAUUACUACUACACAACCAACUACAACCACUACAUCAACAACAACCCAAAAACUAACUACUACUACACAAACAACUACAACACCACCAACAACAACUACUAAAACAACAACCACAACAUCCCAAACAACAAGAGGGAAUAUGUCUCCUUUGAUUGCUAAACUGGUGGAUGGUAGUCCUUGGAUCCAGUCUGGUCGCACCAACAUACAGUAUACACAGACUAAAAUAACUGGCAUGGCUAUUGUAAUCUCCAGUCAAACUCAGUCCAAUUGGACAUAUGUAGAGGAAGAACCAGACUUGAUAUUAUACAGGUCUGAUCGCAGAUUUAAUGUUGAUGGUCAACUCCAAUACGGUUUCUUAUGCAUGGCCAUAACCUAUGAAGACUCCAACCACGUCUAUUACCAUUUGUGGUCAGGAAAGAGAAGUGAAUAUUCAACAGAGAGAAUUCAUUUCUCCGUGAAGGCUGAAUCCACGUUUAGUGAAUGUUGCUGCCCGAAGUACGAUAUACCAAGUUUGUAUGAAUAUAAAGUUCUCUCUAAACCAGGUGCAUCGACUGAGAUAUCUAAUAAUGUCCAGCUACCCCUAGGAAACCUUCCCAAUUGUUUAACAGAAGAAGAGGACAAUUCGAUGAUAUUUUCUAUCAUAUUCGGCAUUCCUUCUUUUGUUGCGGUGCUGGGCUGUGUAGUCGUUAUUCGAAAUCUGGUCCCACAAUUAGAUAAUCACAGUAGCAGAUCUUCUAAUGGAAGAAAAACACAGACAGGUUCAAUGAGAUCUGAUUUCGGAGAAAUACAAGUUUGAUACAAAGACAUUUAAUAUUCAUGAUUGAUAGAUGUAGGGUUAUACGGUUAAGGUUAAUAUUUAUCGUUUGUAUCUUGUUUGCGACCAUUUUUUUUUAUAUUAAUAGACAUUAAAAACUUGUUCCAUUUUAAA